CGGAGCCGGAGCCCCCCCAGCGCCAUUUCCAGCCGCCCCGGGGCUGCCAUGGCAGAAUCUGCAGGAAGAGAAGACUGACAUUCGGGUUAUGUAAGGGGAUGUGCAUCAUGCUGUAGUGGAAGAGAGAAGCUUUUACUUGUUGUUUACUGAAAGAAGGAAUAGGAGAAAGCCAGUCUUUAGCCACCAACAGCUUUAGCAAAGAAAACGCAAGAAACUUUGGAGAGGACAGUUGGUUGAGAGGCUCUGUAGAGAUUAGUACAGAUUUCUGGAGGUGCCAUCGAAGCUAACGGUACUUCCAGAACCUAAUGCUUGAACUUGACUGCUAGGUGCCAUUCUUACUUCUGCGGUGUUGCUGUCUGUAAACUGCACUGUUCCUCUCCACCUUCCCAUCUCAUAAAAUUCAAUUUAGCUACUGUGUGACAGUCCUCGGCAUUCUGGAAACCAUGGGGAUUGGCAAGAAUACUGCUUCUAAAUCGGUGGAGACUGGAAGCUCAACAGAGGGCAAAUAUGAAGAUGAAUCUAAGCAUCCUGCCUUCUUCACUCUACCUGUUGUCAUAACUGGUGGCGCGACAUCGAGUGGUGAUCAGGACACAGAGGACACAGAGCUGAUGGCAAUCUAUACCACAGAAAAUGGCAUAGCAGAAAAGAGUUCUCUGGCAGAGACACUGGACAGCAGUGGAAGUUUAGAUGCGCAGAGGGCCGACAUGAUUUACACAAUUGAGGAUGUUCCUCCCUGGUACCUCUGCAUAUUCUUGGGGUUACAGCACUACCUGACAUGUUUUAGUGGAACAAUAGCAGUACCUUUUUUGCUAGCUGAUGCCAUGUGUGUUGGAUUUGACCAGUGGGCUACCAGCCAACUGAUUGGGACCAUUUUCUUCUGUGUGGGGAUCACUACUUUGUUACAAACAACUUUUGGAUGCAGGUUACCUUUGUUUCAAGCCAGUGCUUUUGCAUUCUUAGCACCUGCCAGAGCUAUCCUCUCCUUGGACAAGUGGAAGUGUAAUAACACAGAUGUAACAGUUACUAAUGGAACAACAGAGCUGCUGCACACUGAACAUAUCUGGUACCCCAGGAUACGAGAGAUCCAAGGGGCUAUUAUCAUGUCCUCCUUAAUAGAAGUGGUGAUUGGCUUCCUUGGCCUUCCUGGAGCUCUCCUGAGAUACAUUGGACCUCUGACAAUUACACCAACUGUGGCUCUGAUUGGCCUGUCGGGUUUCCAGGCUGCAGGGGAGAGAGCAGGCAAACACUGGGGUAUUGCUAUGUUGACCAUUUUCCUAGUGUUAUUGUUUUCUCAAUAUGCAAGGAAUGUCAAAUUCCCCUUACCAAUUUACAAAUCCAAAAAAGGAUGGACAGCCUACAGGUUGCAGCUUUUCAAAAUGUUUCCCAUUAUUCUGGCUAUCCUGGUGUCAUGGUUGCUUUGCUUCAUCUUUACUGUAACAGACGUCUUUCCACCUGACAGCACAAAGUAUGGGUUCUAUGCUCGCACUGACGCUAGACAAGGAGUGCUGUUGGUAGCACCCUGGUUUAAAGUUCCUUAUCCUUUUCAGUGGGGGUUGCCAACGAUUUCAGCGGCUGGAGUAAUAGGAAUGCUUAGCGCAGUUGUUGCAAGCAUUAUAGAAUCAAUCGGAGAUUACUAUGCCUGUGCAAGGUUGUCUUGUGCUCCUCCUCCACCUAUUCAUGCAAUAAAUAGAGGGAUUUUCAUUGAGGGUCUUUCCUGUGUUUUGGAUGGAGUAUUCGGUACUGGUAAUGGAUCCACCUCGUCUAGCCCUAACAUCGGCGUCUUGGGUAUCACUAAGGUUGGAAGUCGUAGGGUUAUUCAGUAUGGUGCAGCCUUCAUGCUCUUACUUGGAAUGGUUGGGAAGUUCAGUGCGCUGUUUGCAUCCCUGCCUGACCCAGUGCUUGGAGCCCUCUUCUGCACCCUCUUUGGAAUGAUUACAGCUGUGGGUCUGUCCAACCUCCAGUUCAUAGAUUUAAACUCUUCACGUAACCUCUUUGUACUUGGAUUUUCCAUCUUCUUUGGACUUGUCCUUCCAAGUUAUCUCAAACAAAACCCACUGGUUACAGGAAUAGCAGGCAUCGAUCAAGUGUUAAAUGUUCUUCUCACUACAGCCAUGUUUGUUGGCGGGUGUGUGGCCUUUAUUUUGGAUAACACCAUUCCAGGAAGCCCGGAGGAGAGAGGAAUCCAGAAAUGGAAGAAAGGCGUGGGCAAAGGCAGCAAGUCCCUGGAGGGCAUGGAAACAUACGAUUUGCCCUUUGGCAUGAACUUUAUCAAAAAGUACAGGUGCUUCAGCUUCUUGCCCAUCAGUCCCACCUUCAUGGGCUACACGUGGAAAGGCUUCAGGAAAAGCAGUAACUGCAGGAGUUCAGAUGAAGACUCUGAGGCUACCGUAUAGCCUUGGUUGCAAUUAUAUUAUCUCGUUGUAGUAACAGAUGUAUUUGCAGUUUCUUGCUGAUUAAGAAGCAUUAAAAUAUAUGUUUUGUAUAUCUGCAUUUAAAUUCUGGAACCAGAGCUGAGACAGAUUUAAAAAAAAAAAAGCUUUCCUGUUGUGGAUGGUGAUUGCUCUAUAUAGUGUGUCUGGUUGCCUAAUUGGUUACUGAUCUGGGUAAAAUUUAAGUGCCCGAGUCCCAUUUUCAGAACAGAUUUAGGUCCAUAAAUGCCUAACUCACUUUUGAAAGUGGAACUUCAACUCCUAAAUUACAUACCGGUAGGUGCUUUUGAAAAUCUUAUCCUCUGAUUAUUUUAUUUAAAUCAUUGGUGCUGAUGUUUUCGGCACAUCCAUUGCUGGCAGAGUUAGUUGUGCCAGAAAAUUUGAAUCCAUGUGUGAAAUGAGUAAAUACCAUUUUAUUCACUUGUAAAACACAGACACCAAUAUCAAGUCAGUUGUAUUUUUUUCCAGUUAUAGCUCAUACAUUCCAUAUUUUUUCCACACAGCCACCUGUAAAUCAGACAUUAUAUCGUUGUGGCUAAUGGGUAUAUCACUAGAAUAUCUUUGCAAUCAUUGACAAUGCAUUCAGAGAUUUCCAGACAACAGUUUCCUUACUAAAUUAUGCCAGAUAAAAGCACUGAUUUACCCAUGUGAUCUACUACUGUGCAAGAAUCUCUUUGAUAUCUUUUAGAUAUGUUGCUCUUGUCUACCUGGAAGCUUGCCACCUAACUGGUGCCUGAGUCGAAGUUCUCUUUAAGGGAAGUGUCAACUUUAUUUUUACUUGGAUAGGGAACUAUUUAAUUUCAAGACUGUUACAUUUUCCUAGCCCAACAGCUUUUAUCAUUACAAUACAGUGCAUAUAUCCACUUUAAUCACAGACUCUUCCUGAAUGAAAAUGUGAAUUUGUCUAAGCAGCCCCAUAUAUGUAGAAAUCAACAGGGCAAAAUAUCAGCAUUUGCUUAUUCUGACUUGUACCUAAUUUUCUUCAUCCUGCUCAGACUAUCUCUGUCUGACUAGUGCUGCUUGAAUAAGAGUGGCCUAUGUAUAUGCUGCCUUUUUUCCCUCCUCUGGGGACUAACACAGCAGCUGUUUGUUUUUACAAGUGGAUUUUUUAAAUAGCGGAGACACUACAUUUGGCAUCAUCGUCCACUGGAUGGUUUUAACGGGUAUUGGGCCCAGUGACGGUGCCAUUCAGAUAUUUUUUUUCUGGAAUAGCCUCAGCUCUGAUGUUAUGUGGAUGUUAAUACUCAUCAUGCAUUCAUAAUUAUAAGAUUUUAUUCAUGUUUAAUGUUCUUACUAUUGCAAGUUAGUUUUAGACGUCAGUGUUUCAGUGUGGCCCAAAAAAGCAUUUUUAAGCUGUGGAGAUCAUCAGGGAAGUGUAGUGUAAUGUACUCUUAAGGCCAGUAUGCUCUACGAUGCUUGCAUUUUGUAUCUCUGGAUAAAAAAUAAAGGUAGAUACUGUAAUUCACUAAUAUAUUUAUCAAAGUUGACUACUGGACAAGAGCAGUAAAUUUUGUUAUUGAAGCAUGGAAGGGCUGGGGUGGGGGAGGGGAGGGGAAGAAAAUUGCUUAAUGGAUCAGUAUUGAAUAGUGCAGAGUCAAAAUGAUUCCAUUGAUAUAGUUUUCAGCAUGUCAUGGCUGUUUAUGCAACAUAUUUUUAUACAACUUUUUCCAUAACAAACCAUGUAUUUGUUCUUGCUCCAAGGAACUUUCAGUAGUUUGCAGUUGUGGCGUCAGUUGGACUUUGUUGAAAGCCAGUCAGAAGAAUUAUUGUGUAAUAGACAAGGUUAUGUCACCUGUAGUGCAAAGCUGUUCUUAUCUUUUAUUUUGCUCUACAGGCAAUGAGAGGGGUUACAGAAAUUACCCGUCUCCUUAGGAACGGAUUUGGCCAAGAGCACUGAUCAGUAACACUAAGCUUCUAAAUUUUCCACCUUUUAUUUUAUGUGCAACCAAAGAUGUGAGGGAGUUUCAAUUAAAAAAAAGAAAAGCCGCUUGUAUGAGGUGGUUAUAAUCAUGUAAAAUGCCAAAGCUGGUUCAUUUAUAAAUGUGGGGUCAGGAAGGCAAAAGUUUGAAUUAAAGAAGAUGCCACUCAUUAAAAGCAGACUUCUCGAUACUUAAAAUCUAAUAGUACAUUUUGCUCUGUGGACUCAGCAGCGAAUGUCAUGUUUGAGGCUUGUCUGAUCUUUUCCCAAAAGAGUAUGUUAAUGUAAGGCAGUGGAAAGAAACUAAAAUCUUACAACAACUUUAGGAACCAUUUGGCUACCUUACAAGAUUGCUGGCAGAAUGACUUGCAUGUUAACCCUGUAAUGCCAGGCAGCUUGUGUGUUCUUGUAUUAGCAUGACACGUCAUGCAGUAGCAGACCACACAGUGGGAAAUCCUGACUUGAAAAUUAAAUAGAUUUUUUUCCCUACAAGAUCUUACUUUGGAUGAAGUAAAGCGCUGCUGCACGCACACACAGAAAUGGCCUCUUUAACAUGUUUGAAAGAACAACCACUUUAAAUAGUCUUUAGGUGCUGCAUGGUAGUUUGAAUCAAAUAGUUCAACCGCCAUUCUGAGGAUUUGUUUUUCUGAGAUACAAUACCAUUCUUGACGGAAGAAAGUACGUUGGAUUAUGGAAAGCCAGAGCCUCCUCCAUCUAAAAUCUUAUAGUUAGAUUCUUUCCUGGUCCUACCACGCUGAUUCCAUCGACUGCGUGAGAGAAGUUUAGCAAAAUAUAUACUGGAGGAUCACAAUGUUUAGCUGACACGCUUUGCUUUGCUAGCCACCUUGAAAACUAGUAUUUAAUGUGGUUGAGCAGUCCAUUUUGCAUCCAAAAUCCUGAAACAUUUAACUUCUGAGAAAGGUGACUUCUUGAAUCCUCUUCUUUUAAGAAAGCUGAUGGUUAAAGUUGAGCCUUAAUUUUGCAAGGAUAACCAGAAGAGAGCUGAUGAAACACUGCAUAUAGCAAAAUGUUUUAACAAAGUCACCGGCAGUACACUUAACAUCUGAUGUUAACUGCAGCACCCAGAAUGUUAGAUGUCUUUGUGUAUAUCUUAGCUUUCUCAGAUAAGAGUGGGGGGAAAAGCUCACGUGCACAGUUUUGCCUUGGGAAGAGAAAUCCCCCUUCCUUUUGUGUGUCUGUUUCUGAGAGGAAUCUACAAUUGCCAAUCAAAUACUAAGUGCAGGUUUUUAAUACCCUUAUUCAUGGUAGGAGAGUCCACACCCCCGAGAAAACAAAACACUUAAAAUUUGAAUUUUGGUUAGAAUGGUGUGGAAAUGCUGUUAACUUCAGGUGAUGCAAAGUUUACCACAUGAGGUGCCGCAGGCAGAUACGUUGCAGAGUUUUGCUCUGUAAUUUUGAAAAACAGUUGGAUACUUUAAAAGUUUCUUGUUUACAUUUAUACUUAAAGGGGUAAGUUGGUGGGGGAGAUGGGAAUAGAAAUAUGGUUUAUUGCAAUACUAUGUUUUUGCUGUAUAUGUACUUGCCUUUCUAAUUGAUAAAUCAGACAAUAGUGUAUAAAGAAGACAACACCUACUAAAAGGACUAGAAAAAGAUGAGGUGUUUCAACUAGAUUUAAAUAUAGAAUGGCAAAUAUUCAUGGCAAAAUAUCAUGUUGUCGUAUCAAAGGUGUAUAACUAUAUUCAAAGCAAAAUAGCUUUGGGGCUUUUGUAGCCAUCCUUUUAUUGUAUUGAUCUUUUUGGUUAAAUUAAGAACUCUUGCUAACAAGUUUUCUAAAUAGAACAUUGACAAAUUAUGCAUCUUCAAAAUUACAUUUCAUAGCAAAUUUACCUCUAUGACUGACUAAUGUCAUAUUAGGAUGUGCUGACUGACUGGCUUGAUCAAUAACCUAUUGGGGAAAACAUGACUACUUUUUUUUUUUUUCCAAAUUCAUACUCGGGAUUUGCUUUACACCUUUUAAUACUGACUUUCAAUAUGGCAACUUGGUCUGUACAUGAAUAUUGCAGUAUUUUAUUUCCAUAUGUUAAAAAUAACAUUUCCACUCAGGAUAAUUUUUACAGGUUUCCUGGGAGGGAGUGGUAUGAUUGUCAUGACAAUGUCAUGUGAUGAUAGAAUUUCUUCAUUGACGAAUCUAUAGUAGUUGUGUAUACUUUAUUUACCCGUGUUUGUUAUUCCUGAAAAAUGAAGGGUUUCUUAUUGUUCACCUCCCUACUGAAAUAUCCUUACUUGCAAAGUAGAAUCAACACUUACAAAUUGAAAUCCUUGAUACAAUUUAUACCGUAAGAGGCGUCAGUCAGGUGAGAACAAUCCGUUAUGACAAUGCCUUCAUACCAAAACAGUGUCUCAAAUAUUCAGUUGAUUAAUAUCACUUAUGGUAUAAGCAGCACUACAGGCACAUGUGGUUUACAAAUAGCCAACAUCUGAUGGUUUAAGUUAACCACUGGAUGUUUGCAUACAGUCCAAAGCAGCUUGUGCUAACAUAAUUUAGAUCUGAAUAAAAAUGCCUGAUGGACCCGCACAACCUAACUUUAGUUUUUGUAAGUGGCCUUCUCAAACCAAAAAAUACCACUUUUUCCUCUCCAGAAAAUCUUCCAGUGGUUUGUUUCCCAUUUGGUGCAUGUCUUGUAGGACUUCUUGCCCAGGCUUAUGUUAACCUUCCUGGACGUGGGAUAACAAAUAUUGCAUGUCCACCUCUUUAUAUAGCUAUUUAUAAUACUGGAGGAGGCCACACGCUUGCCAGUAUUUAGCGUCCGCCCAUGAGUCUUCUAUACAACAUAGUGCUGGGCUGCUUUAAGUGUUGGGGAUUCAUAUUUAGCAACAUCCAAACCAUUCCUGUCAGGUUACAAUUUGAUUGUGACUGUGCAUUGUCAUCGGUACUUAUUAAUAUCGAAGAUGUAUUUAGACUUGCCUCCUGUGUUAUCUGGCAUUUAUUGUGACAUCUUUGCAUCUUGCUGCCAGUCCAAAUUAUUGUACUUUGUCUGUUUAUAACAACCUUUGGCAUAUCAAACUAUUGACUGUUCUUAGACAGUGGGGAUAAAUAUUUUUCCAUGAGUUUUUUUUGACUGACUUUGGCUGUAAACAUUUUUAUUUUGUUACAUACCAAGGGUUUUCUGUUUGUUUUUUUUUAUUUUUUGAGACGUGUAAUUCUUUUAUGGAGUUUUCGUAUUUUGUUUUUCUAACAUGGCUUCAUUAAACGUUUAAAUAUUUAAAAAAUAUGUAAUAUUUGGACCAGAUGUUGUGAAUAAUAGUAGAUAAAGCUAUUUUAUUCUGUAUUUUUAAAGCCUUUCAGUAUAAAUAAACGCUGACAUAG